AUGUAUAUCUCGCUACUCCAUUGACGUUUUCAUCCCUUAGGGUCGAGUUUCCUGUGCAAGCACAUGCUCCUUAUUGAUUUGUGGAAAGGUGCUGCUCACUAACGUUUACAGUGAGCCGAGAUCCUAGUGGAAAAUUUCCAACUUGUUAACGAGGAACACUUCAAAAAUAUUAUUCCAGUGAAUGUGUAAACUAGAGUGGUGCAGUGAAUAGUUGAAUAAUUAAUAAAUGUGAAUGCAUUUGUGUGAUGUAAUAUUGGACUAUUUGAUUCUCUGGAGGAUCGAUUGAGAAACAACGUAGUAGUUAUAUUUUUUAGACGCAAAAAGAGAUACUAUCAAACUAUUUCCUGCAUAAUAUCAUGGUUGUGACUUUUAUUUAAAACAUAAACGAAGAAUAAUUCCGUUAAUCAAUUGAUGAACUUUUAAAAUCUAUGUGCUCAAUAUCGGACUUAAGUUCUUUCUUGGACUGAUAGUAUGCCCGACAAACUCCCAUCGACAGAAAUGACGAAGCACGGACACGAGUUGGCACCCCUGAAUAACGGCAUGAACGGCCCCGCAGAAUCAAGGGGUAAGCAGGGAGUUACGAUAGUUCUACAAGGCCCCAGGGGGUCUAUCAUUUCCAGAGGCAGUCAGGCGGCUGACGGUGAUCCCAAUAGGGCUGAAUGGUCAGGAAAACUUCAGUUCUUUCUCUCAAUUAUUGGUUAUUCGGUUGGAUUGGGAAAUAUAUGGAGGUUUCCGUAUCUGUGCCAGCAAAAUGGAGGAGGUGCUUUCCUUAUUCCUUUCGCUAUCAUGUUGGUACUGGAAGGUAUCCCAUUGUUCCUUAUAGAGUUAGGUAUUGGCCAAAAAAUGAGACUAGGCUGCCUUGGAGUGUGGAGUACAAUCCAUCCCUGGUUAGGUGGCAUCGGAAUUGCUUCGUGUAUAGUAACGUUCUUUGUUGCCCUCUAUUACAAUGUGAUCAUUACGUGGUGCUUUUAUUAUCUCUUCAACAGUUUUCAGUAUCCCCUUCCAUGGGAAUCAUGUCCUAUUAUCAAUGGAACAGUUGAUGCCGAAUGUGAUAAGUCCUCAGCAACAGCAUAUUUUUGGUACAGAGUUACUUUGGACGCCUCCCCUAACAUUGAAGAUCCAGGUAUGCCAAAAUGGUGGAUAGUGCUAUGUUUACUUCUCUCGUGGAUUGUGGUUUUCUUUAUUAUGAUGAAGGGAAUACAAAGUUCUGGAAAGGUAGUAUACUUCACAUCUCUGUUUCCAUACUUAGUGUUAACGAUAUUUUUCAUACGAGGAAUUACGCUUAAAGGUGCUAGUGCUGGGCUAGCCCACAUGUUAACUCCAAAGGUUCACAAACUGACGGAGCCGAAGGUCUGGUUAGAUGCGGCUACUCAAGUGUUCUACUCAUUUGGGUUAGCCUUCGGAUCCCUGAUUGCCUUUGGAUCAUACAACACUCCAAAAAACAAUUGUGUCAGAGACGUUAUUUUGGUCUCCAUUUGUAACGCAGUCACAGCAAUUUAUGCCAGCGUUGUUAUAUUUGCCAUUCUCGGAUUUAAAGCUGUUUCCAACGUCGACAAAUGCCUUCUGGACAACAAAAAUAUAUUAAUGGCACAUGAAAUUUUAAGAAAAACUUCACCAGCUGCAAUAUCUGACGAGGCUUAUAAAAAUGCGUUAGCUCAUGCCAGUGCAUUGAAUUUAACAAACUGUUCGUUAGCCAGGGAGUUAGAUGCUGCUGCAGAAGGAACAGGCCUCGCUUUCAUAGUAUUUACGCAAGCAAUUGUUGAGUUACCAGGAGCUCCAUUUUGGGCAAUUAUUUUCUUCAUGAUGCUGCUGGCUCUUGGUAUCGGAUCACAAAUUGGAAUGAUGGAAGGAAUGUUGUGCACUGUUUUUGAUAUAGAGAUAUUUAAAAGAAUCAGCAAAAUAUAUGUUACAGCUGCUCUUUGUCUGGUUUGUUUCUUCGUUGGACUAAUUUUCACGACAGGCGCAGGUGAAUACUGGCUCAGUCUCUUCGACUCUUUUGCAGGAACCAUCGGCCUGGUAGUAGUAGCGUUUUUAGAAAUGAUGGCUGUGACUUACGUAUACGGACACGAAAAGUUCACGAAAGACAUUUUUGAAAUGACUGGAGUAAGACCUGGACUUUAUUGGCAACUAACUUGGAGAUAUUUGGCGCCAGUCAUAAUGGUGCUUAUUUUGGGGUCGUCGAUUGUGCAAAUGUUUAUGGACAGUCCGAAGUAUCAAGCGUGGAAUAAGGAGAUGGGCGAUGUGAAUCCAACGCCAUAUCCACCAUGGGUCAUGUCGAUUGCAAUCGCGAUGAUCUUAGCAGGCAUUCUUCCCAUACCAAUUGUAUUUUUGUUAAGAAGAUACCAAUGUCUUAAACUCGAUGUUAACAUUCAUGAAGGAUCCAUCAGAAGAAUCGAUACCACUGUAUCGACAAAAGAAAUGAUCACAGAUGUUGAUCUCUAUGAAGAUGAUGACAUAGAUGAUUUAAGGCCGUACCACGACUCCGAUACGUCGGACGAUGACGGUCCACAACUAAACACUUCUAGCGGCCGAAAAAUCCACAUUGAGCUUUAGAUUUUUAACUUAAGGAAUGUUUUUAAGUACAAUUAUCGUUCGUAGUCGACACAGGCUGUUUGAUAACAGGGUACACAAUCAUCUAUCUCUAAACUAAUUCUAGAUCUACGAAAGAUUAAAUAAUAAAUUUAGAAACUGCUUUAACUGCUUCAAAAUUAGUGCGAAAAAAUUAAAGAUCGACUUAUUUUCCGUAUGCGGGAGGUUGAAGUAUAUCUGGUCGUGAGAAGGUUUCUCGUAACGCGACAGUUCGUAACCCCACAAUUUCGUAACGGUGACACUUCGUAACGCCAUCAAUUUGUAACGAUAACAGUUCGUAACGGCGACAAUUCGUAACAGUAUAGUUCGUAAGAAUUAUUUUCAAACCCUACUUGGAAAAAAGUAGAUAAUAUGGAAGCUGAAAUGGGUACGAACCACGUAGAAGAGAAUGAAGUAGAGAAUUAAGUAGAAGCUUCAACCAUAGAGAAAGUUCUCGAAGCUAUUAAGGCCCAGGACCUCGAUUUUUGACCCUUCGCUUUGUUAUCAAACGUAUUCGCUUCAUAUCUGUUUAGUAUACGAAGCGAAUAUGUUCGAUAACGAAGCGAAGAAGGGUCAAAAAUCGGGGUCCAGAAAAACAAUAAAACCCCGGGAGUUGACGAAAUUACAGCAGAACUGUAUGAGGUAGGUGGCGACCACCUAGCAAGUCAUAUCCACUCGCUUAUCAAAGACAUAUAUGGCAAUAAGAGAAAAUACCCGACGACUGGAAGAAAAGGAUACCUAGUAUGCCCGAUCUUUAAAAAAGGAGACAAACUCCAGUGCAAAAUCUACAGUGGAAUUUCUCUACUAUGUACAGCAUAUAAAGUCCUCACGUAUAUUAUAAACCAGCGGCUUCAACCACUAGCAGAAAAUAUUAUUGGAGGGUAUCAGACCGGCUUCAGAUGUGGAAGAUCGACAAUGGAUCAAAUAUUUACAGUCAAGCAGGUCUUGAGUAAAUCAUCGGAACGUGACAUUGAUGUUCACAACGUGUUUGUAGACUUCAAACAGGUAUUCGACUCAGUCAAAAGAACUCACUAUGCUAUAUAUUGGCUGAAUGGGCAAUACCACACAAGCUAAUAAGACUCAUUAAAGCGACAUUGCAUGUAACUCAGGCAUGUGUACGAAUACAAAACCACCGGACAGACUUUGUCAAAAUCUUGCAGGGACUGAAGCAAGGAGAUGGGCUGUCCCCAACAUUGUUUAACCUGAUACUGGAAUAUGCGGUUAGGCGACGAGGAAACCUACUGACCAACAGACUGGUUUAACUGGCCGCUUAUGCUGAUGAUAUUCAUAUUAUGAGUACAACAUCAACAGGAGCACAGGAAACCUACUCAGAGUUAAAAACGCAAACGAGAAGAUUAGGUCUGGAAAUUAACAUAGAAAAAACAAAAAUAAUGAUACAGACGAGAAGAAAUAAUAUAGCCCCACAAAACAUUAUACAUGGAAAUGACAUUGAAAUGGUUGGAGUUUACAUACCUGGGAGUAGAAAUAUAUGCCGAUGGAUCAGAAGAUGGAGUAAUACGGAAGAAAAUAACGCAAGCAAACAGAGCUUAUUUUGCCCUCUCCCAUAUAUUUCAGUCUAAAAGUGUCCACCGAAAUACAAAGAUGAGAUGUGAUAAAACCUUAAUUCGAUCAACAGCAUGCUAUGACAUGGAUCCCGAAAGAAACGUCCAAAAACAAACUUGACACAUUCGAAAGGAAAGUAUUGAGGAGAAUACUAAGACCUGUAAGGAAAAACGGAAUCUUUAGAAUUCGAAACAAUAACAGAUUUAUUAACUUUAUAAGAAAACGCCCCUGUUAGACUUCAUUAGAAUACAAAGAUUGCAAUGGGCAGGACAUGUGAUAAGAAUGGGAGAGGAUAAGCUACCAAAAAGAGCACUGAAUGCUAGAAUGCAGGGAAAGAGACCGGUUGGAAAGCCAAUUUCAAGAAACUGCUGUGAAGACACAGUAAGUAGCGCCGCACAAGCACUUUUAGGAGUCCGUGUAUGGAGAAGAGCAGCUUCAGACAAAUGAGGGUGAAGGCAAAAAUAAAGGAGGCUAAGGCUCAAUUUGGGCUAUAGUGCCGUAGAAGAAGAAGAAAUAAGUUAUAUUUACAUCCAAAUAUAUUUGAUCCUCCUGCUUGUCAUUUGGCCUAAGUCUUUCUAAAAUCGAACAUUUCUAAUAUAGGCAUGUGCUCCAAACUAUACCACAGUUCCUUAUACAUACUCAUAUUAUUUAGUUUGUACUCUGUUAUAUAAAAAGUCUGUUAAAAUCAUCCAGAAUAAAUUUUUUAUUUAUA